AUGACAGCACUUCUGUUGUGUCACCUAACUGAAUGUAAACCAAGUGGAAGUCAUGGGAACUGUAACAUUCAGAAACAAUAUGAAUUAUGCGUUACUAAGACUAAAGAUGGCAUACUUAAUCGUGAGUCCAGUGUAUUUUACUUUGAAAUCGAAAUGAUGCGUAGUGAUAUUUUGAAAAGAUUUGUGCAUAUAUUUGUGUAG